CUGAGAGGAGCCUCCCAAGCAGCUGCCUCUUGCCCAGGGCCCUGAGCUACAGCAGGACUGGGCAAGCCCGAGGGAGGGCAGCUGCGCCAGCGCUUUGCCCAGGGCCAGAGGGAAGGCUGGGCACCAGCGCUUUGCCCGGGGCCAGAGGGGAGGCUGGAGGACCCGAGGGUCGGGAGGAGGUGUCUUGGCUCAUUGGCACUUUCUGCCCACCCCCCCCCCCGUGUCUCCCUUGGGGCCCAGGUGACCUUUCCCCCAGAUCCCAGGGUCCAGGCCCUCCCCGGCAGGGAGGUGUGGGGGACGUAGGAAGCUGGGAUUGGUCCAGAGCCGGCGGGGGCGUGUCCCAGGCUCCCAGGAAGGAGCAGAGUAGGUGGACUCCUGAGAUAGAGCAGGCCGCCUGGCAGCAGCCGGCCUCUCUGACCCGGACCUCUGCCCUCCAGACAUGGCCCCAGGCUCCCUCGAUCCCCAGCCCUGUGGCCCUGUGGGAGUGAAGACAGCCUAAGUACCGCCACCCCAGGGCCCGUGCCCAUGCCUCUGACACGGGCACAGCCGGCCCCUGGCCCGGAGGCCAAGGAGACGGUGGCUCCAGCUGUGGACCUGGUGCUGGGCGCCUCGGCCUGUUGCCUGGCCUGUGUCUUCACCAACCCCCUGGAGGUGGUGAAGACGCGGCUGCAGCUGCAGGGGGAGCUGCAGGCCCGGGGCACCUAUCCUCGGCACUACCGGGGCUUUGUGGCCUCCGUCGUCGCUGUGGCCCGUGCAGAUGGGCUGUGCGGCCUGCAGAAGGGGCUGGCUGCCGGCCUCCUCUACCAGGGCCUCAUGAACGGCGUCCGCUUCUACUGCUACAGCCUGGCAUGCCAGGCCGGGCUCGCCCAGCAGCCGGGUGGCACCGUGGUCGCGGGCGCUGUGGCAGGGGCACUGGGAGCCUUCGUGGGGAGCCCUGCUUACCUGGUCAAAACGCAGCUGCAGGCUCAGACGGUGGCCGCGAUGGCUGUGGGACACCAACACCCUCACCAGAACGUCCUGGAUGCCUUGGGGACCAUCUGGCGGCAGCGGGGCCUGGCGGGGCUGUGGCAGGGUGUGGGUGGGGCCGUGCCACGGGUCAUGGUGGGCUCGGCUGCUCAGCUGGCCACCUUCGCCUCCGCCAAGACCUGGGUGCAGGAGCAACAGUGGCUCCCAGAGGACAGCUGGCUCGUGGCCCUGGCCGGCGGCAUGAUCAGCAGCGUAGCUGUGGUCACGGUCAUGACCCCCUUCGACGUGGUCAGCACGCGGCUGUACAAUCAGCCUGUGGACGGAGCGGGCAGGGGCCGGCUGUAUGGCGGCCUCGCCGACUGCCUGGUGAAGAUCUGGCGGCAGGAGGGCCCCCUGGCGCUCUACAAGGGUCUGGGCCCCACCUACCUGCGCCUGGGUCCCCACACCAUCCUCAGCAUGCUCUUCUGGGAUGAGCUCCGGAAACUGGCCGGGCGGGCCCAGCACCAGGGCAGCUAGGCGGCGUCCUUCACCCUGACACAGCCGUGCCCUUGGCAGGAAGCGACGGCCUGCUCCACCUGGGAAUGGCCGUCCAGGAGCCCGCCCAGGCCCAGGCCCUGCCGCAGGUUCGGGGAGAGUGUAGACAGCUGUGGUCAACCCAGCCCCGUGGCCCACCCAGGGCCAACGGAUCCGCCUUGAAUCACCACCCACUCUGUUCUCCAGAAAGUUUCUCUUCCCUCUCUGUCCUGGGUAACCUUAUCCCAUUGUUAUAAUAACUGCUUCAGGGUGUGAACAUUACCAUGAGCUGGGCCACUUACGUGCGCCAGAUCGCUUAGUCCUCACACAGUACGAGACGGUGAAAUGCUCUGUUACUGGUUCGGAAGCGGGGGCUCAGAAAGGUGAAGUGCUUUGACCACAGCCACACAGCUUUGAAGGGGCAGAGAACCCCGCUCUGCCCAGCCCAGACCUGUGCCCUUGGCAAGAGCCCGGACCGUGGGUGCUGGGGUGCCCCUGAGGGAUCACUGUACACGUGGGGAGGCCCUGGGGAGCACCGUGAGGCCGUAAUGUCAUCGUCUGUGCUAGACUGCCAGGGCCGCCAUCAUAGAGGACCUCAGACCAAGCGGCUUAAACAACAGAACGUUACUUUCUCAUAAUUCUGGAGGCCAGAUGUCUGAUCAAGGUGUCGGCAGGGUUGGUUUCCUCUGAGGCCUCUCUCCUUGGCUUGCAGAUGGCCGUCUUCUCCAUGUCCCCACACGGUCCUCCCUCUGUGUCUGUGUCCUAGUCCCUUCUUAUAAGGACGCCAGUCAUAUUGGAUUAGGAUCCACCCUCAAUGACCUCAUGUUAACUUACUCAUCAAUACUUCCUUUGAGAAUUGCUUUCUUUAGGACUCCAAAGAGUCACGUUCUGAGGUUAGAACUUCAAUAGAUGAAUCUGGGGAGGGGGAGGGGACGCAAUUCAGCGCAUCAACUGAGGGCUUUUACCGAGGGUCCCCUAGGUGCCCAGCACUGUGGACAUUGGCACAGAUCCUCACGACAGUCCUGGAAGGUAGCGCUUGAUGGUGCCCGUUGUUCAGGUGAGCAGACUCAGGUCCCGGGGAAGGAAGUGACCUGCCCAAGGUAGUAGAGCUGGGCGGCCUCAUCCCAGGCUCACUCCCCACGCUGCAGCCACCCUCCCACCAUGGGCGUGUUCCUAAGGCCUGCACCGACCUUUGUGCUACAGAAGUGGAUGCUGAGUCCCUGAAGGGGCAGGACUGGCGGAGAGGUCAAGCAGCCUGAACUACCUUCCCUGCCACACCCCAUGUCUGCAAAGAGCUGCUCCCCAGGGGCAGCCCUACUGCACACUCCAAACCAAUAAAGUUUUCUAUUUUGCCUACUUCAA